UGGUGGAAGCAUACACCUACAACCUUAUCACCGACAGGUGAAUGUGAAUGUUACCACAUGAGGUUACCAGAGACAGCAGUGUAGUUUUUCUUUUCUUUUCUAAGCACACCGAGAGUAUAUUCCUGACGAGGUUGAAUUCAGGGGUCAGAUGUGCUACGUUGAACUUUGGUCAUGUCGACUAACACUCCAAGCAAAAGCGAUUCUAGUUAUGAGAGACUCCAAGCGGGUUCAGGUCGACUCCCUAACCUACUAGGGGACAUAAAACAUUGUCUCUCAGUAUUAAAUGAGAAGAUUGACAGUGCUGAGAGGAAGAUGUUAAAUGACAUCCCAAAAGAGACACAGGAUAAAGUGGCAGAUGCUCUACACAUCCAGACUCAAGACAUAAUGAAAGGUUUUCAGGACUGCAUGGAUGAAAUGAUGAAACGGGAAACGAUGGAGCAGGAGGCAGCACAGAAGGAAAUUGAGGACUUAACAGGAGCCAUAGAUGAACUGACAAACAAACUGGCAAAGAUGGAAGAAGAGGGAAAGUCAAAGGAUGAAAAUAUGGAGAGUCUUCAGAAGGAAGUCACCCGGCUCACACAAGAGAAGGAGGCAGUACAGCAAGCUCUCUCAGACAAGAGGAAUGAAAUUGCAGACUUAACAGGAGCCAACAAGGGUUUGAAAGACACCAUAGAUGAACUGACAAACAAAAUGGCCCUGCUGGAUUGGGAAGAAGGCUUAAAAUUAAAGGAUGAUUCAUCACUUCACAGAUUGGGUCUCUGA